UGUUAUCAUUGUCAAUCAACAAAGUUAGAAAAUGUUAACAAGGCAAUAAAUUUUGGGCGACGUGUCAGUUUCAGUUACCACUUUAAAUAUAUCUGUGAAAUAUAUUUAUUGUUAACUUAUUUAUUUCAGUUGUUUUUUAGGAAUUAAGUCCAAUGCCAAUAAUAGUAACUUACCUUUUAGCUAGGCUAAUUCAACUUUGAAUUUAGGUUAGGAUUGUGUGAAUAUAGAUUUACGCCUACUAAUAUGCCGUUAUGCUGUAUGAUAGAUAAUAUUAUGUUUCUCUUCUACAUAGCAAUUUUUAUUUCAACUGUGAUAACACUCGGACAUUUAAUAUUACAGGCUUUUAGAAAGAGAAGAGUGACACAAAAAGAUGGCCUAACGCUGGGUAUAUUCCAUCCAUACUGCAACGCCGGAGGUGGCGGAGAAAAAGUGUUGUGGUGCGCCAUCCGAGCAUUACAACAGCGCCAUCCUGAUGUGGACAUUGUUGUGUACACCGGUGACACAGAUGCUGCGCCAGCGGACAUCUUGGAGUUGGCGGCCAAGAGACUCAAUACUCCGCUACCUCGCCCAGUCAGCUUUGUCUAUCUAAGGACCAGGACCUUGGUGGAGGCUAAGUGGUACCCAGUGUGUACUCUGCUAGGCCAGAGCAUCGGCUCUAUCAUACUGGGGUUGGAGGCUAUGUUGCGGUAUCUACCAGAUAUUUACAUUGAUACGAUGGGGUACGCCUUCACACUACCCCUCUUUUCCCUGGUUGGAGGCUGCAAAGUGGCAUGUUACGUACACUAUCCUACCAUCACAACAGAGAUGCUACUCCGCGUGUCAGAACGUGUCGAGGCUCACAACAAUCGAGCUGUGUUUGCCCGGAGUCCUCUGCUUACACAGGGCAAACUUGUCUACUAUAGAGUGUUUGCUUGGCUGUACAGAGCAGCUGGCAAAUCAGCUGAUGUGGUGAUGGUCAACUCCAGCUGGACCAGAGAUCACAUUGUAGAGUUGUGGAGACAGCCAGCCUACCUUGUCUACCCACCGUGUGAUGUGUCACCUCUUAAACUGAUUCAGAGACAAGAAUCUGAAGAGGUGCGUGUUUUAUCUUUGGGUCAGUUUCGACCUGAAAAAGACCAUCCGCUGCAAAUCAAAGCAUUUCAGAUUGUUAAAUCUAAGGUUUCUCCUGACGUUUGGUCCAAGGUUCGGUUGGUUCUGGUCGGGUCUUGCCGCAACUCAGAAGACGAGUCAAGAGUGGCUGCCCUGCGACAGUUAGCGACUGAGGCUGAAGUCAGUGACAAUGUAAAGUUCAAAGUGAACGUUUCAUUUGACCAGUUGAAACGAGAAUUCUCCUCCGCCACUAUCGGACUACACACAAUGUGGAAUGAACACUUUGGCAUUGGGGUAGUGGAGUGUAUGGCAGCCGGCCUCAUCAUGUUGGCUCACAAAUCUGGAGGACCAAAGAUGGAUAUUGUGAACGACUGUGAGAACGACCGCACUGGCUUCCUAGCUGAAACUGCCGAGGAAUUUGCAGAUGCAAUUGUACAAAUAGUCCAAAUGCCCAAGGAACAACUAGACAAAAUCCGAAAGAGUUCAAGAGAGUCAGUGGAGAGGUUUUCCAUUCCAAAGUUCGAAGAAACAUUUUUAUCAGCAACAACAAACCUACUUAACAUGAAGAAAGACCAGUAACUAGCCUUAGGUUUUAUUCUCCAUCAAUCCUUAGUAGGAUGUAAAAUGUGUGAUAUUUUUUGUACAGAAUAGGAAGUAACUUGACAGACUGUAUAAAUUGCACUGAUAAAAAAUUAAAUGCAUUUAUUUUUGGA